CAUAAAUAUGAAUCAUCAGCUCUCGUAUCUACCGAAGAUUUAACCAUCAAAAUGGAAGAUUCCAAUUCCGAAGGCUGCCACCACCACCACCACCACCACCAUCAUCACAGUCAAUCCCCGCCGGAAUCUCCAACCGAUUCUGUACCACCGUCACAAUCAUCAUGCACUGCCCCAACUUGCAUAAAUUGCGGAGGUCCAACUGCCUACCCUCCACCUCCACAUCAGCAAACUCAAUUCCCCUCAAUGUCGCCACCUCCAGCAUACCGUCCGAUCCGUUCUCCGGCGAUAAAUCUCCCGCCGAACAACAACACACAACAAGCUAUAAUCCUCGCACCCGUCCCCCAAUCUCAAAAAAUCCUCCCCAUUUCCCCUCCUUACCACUUCGAAACCCCAAUUAAAAAAAUUCAAUCCCCCGACGAUAUCCGCCGCUUCCACAACUCCACCGCCGGCCAAAAUUUCCUCGGCUUCAUCGUCGCGCUUUCCGAAUCUAUCCGCGGCUGCAAAAUCUCCGACCAAUUCCACGAAUCACUCACCAUCAAAACCCUAAUUUCCAUCCUCCAAACCCUAAUUAAUUGGAUUGAAGAAAUCCCUCCCGUUCAGCAAUCCGCUCGCUACGGCAACGUUUCAUACCGCACCUGGCAGAACCGCCUUGAACAGAACAGCGAGUCUCUAAUGCUAGGGUUUUUACCUGAUCAUCUUAAACAAUCAACGGUCGAGAUUAUUCCUUAUUUUACUGACAGUUUUGGGAAUUCUAGUCGAAUUGAUUACGGUACCGGUCACGAAACUAAUUUCGCUGCUUUUUUAUAUUGUUUAGCUAGAAUGGAGUUGAUCAAAGAAGAGGAUUAUCAAGCUGUAGUGUCUAGGGUUUUUGUCAAGUAUAUCGAGUUAAUGAGGAAAUUGCAAUCGGUUUAUUCGUUAGAGCCUGCGGGUUCGCAUGGUGUUUGGGGUUUAGAUGAUUACCAUUUCCUGCCGUUUAUAUUCGGUUCUUCGCAGUUGAUUGAUCAUAAGUAUAUGAAACCCAAGUCCAUUCAUAAUGACGAUAUUUUGGAGAAUUUUUCGGAUGAGUUUAUGUAUCUUUCUGGUAUUGUGUUUAUUAAGAAGGUUAAAAAAGGUUUGUUUGCUGAACAUUCUCCAUUGUUGGAUGAUAUAAGUGGCGUUCCUAAUUGGAAGAAGGUUAAUAGUGGAUUGCUUAAGAUGUAUAAAGCUGAAGUCUUGGAGAAAGUUCCUAUUAUGCAGCAUUUUCUGUUUGGGUGGCUCAUUAAGUGGGAGUAGUUUAUGAUAACCAGCUUUCUAGGAUGAUGUGCUACAAAAUCAAGAUAAAGCAUAUUUUUUUGUCUUGCCCGAUACAAUCACAAUCGCUGAUCGCUGGAUUAGAAAUAUGAUAAAUUUUGUACUGUGAAAAUUGUUUGCUAUUCUAACACUUCCCCACGGUAUAAGAUACCGUGCUGAUUAUACCUUCAAGGGUGGUUUCUGCAUUAAUUUACUUCUAA